CUCGCGCGAGCAUAACGUAAACUUGUCCAGCCCUCAUUCUACGCCCGCGACAGGAACGAACUCGCAUGAAGAGCACCGCAGAAGAUUAUCAUCCAAAUAUGGUCCGUCGACUCCGCCUAGGUGUCAUCGUUCCCUCAUCCAACACGGCCCUGGAACCUCUCACCUCCGCAAUCAUAUCGUCCAUCAACGACCCGGACCUUGAUAUCAGCGUCCAUUACUCCAGAUUCCGUGUAACCACAAUCGAUGUCUCACCCGAAGCUAAUGCUCAAUUCCUCCUCGAACCCAUGCUCACAGCAGCCCAACUCCUCGCUGACGCCGGGGUCCAUGUCAUCGGCUGGAGCGGCACGUCCUCUGGCUGGCUAGGUUUCAAGAAGGACGAGAUCCUCUGCAGUGUCAUCCAGGACGCCACGGGCAUCCCGGCGACGAGUUCGAUUUUGGCAUUGAAUGAAUUGCUCGGGAAAACCAACCCCCAGAAAAUGGGCCUGGUCACGCCAUAUGUCAAAGCGGUCAACGAUGCGAUACGGAAAAAUCACGCUUCCAUUGGUGUCGAGAUCACGGACGACAGGGAGCGGUACCUGGGAAUGACCAGGAAUACGGACUUCGGAGACGUAACGGAGGCACAGCUCGAUGAAAUGGUGACUCAAGUUGCAGGUCAAGGCGCUGAUGUCGUUGCUAUUUAUUGCACGAAUCUCCGGGGUGCACGGAGAGCAUCUGUUUGGGAGAAAGAACAUGACAUUGUAGUACUGGACAGUGUUGCGACGACUGUUUGGGGAAUGCUGCGGACGGUGGGUGCACAGCCUUCAUGUGUGGAAGGAUGGGGUUCAAUAUUCACCAUUAAAUAA